ACUGGCGGCUCGGAGGCUGCAGACUGUCGCGCUGCCAGGGGCCGGACAGCUCAUAAAAGCCGGUCUUGUCUUGGCUGGAGGUAGAGGGUUCUAGAAGUCCUGUCCUCCGCCCAGGUAACCGACUGUGCCCCCACGCAUCCACCCACCCACCCCAAUCCAGAUGCUCCGGAACUCUACAUUCUCUUUUCCCCCCGGCCCUUUCCUUUCCUGUCCCAUGUGGACAUCACUCAGUGCCACCUCCGCGGAUGCCUUGCUCGCCAGCCCCUCUUGGACCCAGCAAGGUAGCUCCAGGGACUGUUCGGUGUCCCCGUACCCCGGCCUGGCCCCGGACAGCCUGGCUCCGCCGAACUCAGGACACAGACUCACUAGCUCUAACCGACGUCUCACAGCAGCCCCUUCACGCCGCCUGGGUACCCAAGGUGGCUAGGUGCCAAGUUGCAGCCUGGGCCGAUAGUACCAGUUCCUGUCCUCUCUGCAUCUUCCCCUCCAGGCGCCAUCUCCCCUCCCUCGGGGCUACACUGUGUCUCCCCGGUCCGGCCACAGCGACCCCUCAGGACUUACCGCGGCCGGCACACAGCCACCGCCGCCUGGUCUGCGCGCUGCGAGGCGGAGCAGGACGCCCGCCUGCGCCAGGGCAUCCUCCUGCUCCCGCCGCCCCCGCCCACUCCGGUGGCCCGGGGUCCUCCCGCGCAGCUCUGGUGCUCGGGACUUACCUCCGGGACAAGGUGACCCGGCUGGUGCGCCCAGGCGGCCGCCCGCGCGUCUCGAGAGCCGGGGAGCGUGCGGGGCGCGGGGCGGUGCGGAGCCCGCCUCUGCUCCUGGGCUCGUGGCUCUCCGCCUCUGCCCUCCCCUGCGCGCCGCUUCCCCCGCCGCUCCCCUCUCUGGAUCACUGCCAGCGCCCCGGGCUGCCCCGACCACACGGUUCCCGAGAGCCGAACACAGAGCUGCGGCGCCACCCUUCCAGAGUCCGGUCCUCUUGGCCCCUAGGAGCACAAAGGGCGAGGGCUGAACGAGGGGUGACCCGGGAUGUGCGGUUCCACUCUUUGGUCUCGCGGAGCCUGGCGACUUGUGUGCAGGAGGAGGCGGCCGCGGGCCCCGGGGGAAGGUGGCCAGGAGGAAGAGGAAGAGAGAGAACGGCAGCGCGCGAAGGUGGCCACCAACUUUGCUCCAGGCCAACUGUGCCCUCGCCAGUGAUAGUGGCUGGCGGUGGCUAGGGACCGGUGUCUGGAAACGUUGAGAGACUGAGGUGGGGGAAGGGGGACUGCCACUGAGGACUAGGAGGACAAGAAUUAGCCUCCGACUGUGGAAACUAUGGCUUCCCUUGGUCCUAAAAGGCCUCCCAGGUUCCAGAUCGACUUGAGGUUCAGAAGAGCUCACACUGUAGGUCCAGAGAAAGCCCCAAGUCCUGACCAGCAGAAGGAAUAAAGACAGCGACCGGCAUAAAGCCUGUACACUGGGACUCAGCCUGUAGCUCCGACCAACACCGCUGUAGGUGCACUGCGGGUGGCCCCGUGGUAGUUGCUGUUGGAAGGAAACUGGGGCGGUGACGCCUUGGGGGUGGGGCAGACUGGUGGCUUGGAGUAGGUCGAAGAGAGCCCUAGUAGAGCCGCCUACGAAGACAAUCUACAUUUCAAACGUUGGGGAAAAUCAAGCUCGAGUGGGCGUGUUUUCGUUACAGAUUUUAUAGAGAAGGAACUAGAAAAUUUGCCAAAAAAAGAGGAUCAGAGGUUGUCUUGUCUGUGUGACACCGUCCCCCCCCCCCCUUCAAAACAAGGGAAAAUUCACGGUGCUUCAGCUCUCCCAAACCCAGACUUUUUCUCUCUGGGGAGUCGACAUUGCUAAUCCCCUAGUGGUUCCUUGGAUCUAUACAGCUUUCAUGUAUAGAUUCCUGCCCUUUGCCUCAAAACCAAGUUUUUGCCCAAGACACUGCUCUACCUAGCCAAGUAGAUAGAGUGUGUAGAGCUAGAGUUGGAAGUAGCUCAAGUCCUGCCCUAGAGCCCUCUGUAGCACUUGGCUUCUGGGGACCCUUAGCAGAACAUAGAAAAAAAAAUCAAAUUAGAAUGACUUAGGAAGGGGGUUGAACUGAUUAGUGGACCCAGGUGUGUUCAGAGCAGCUCCUUGCUUGGGUUCAUCUGGAGGUCUUCUUUACAUCUAAAUAUCACACUCAUUCGACUCUGCAGCAGCUGGGUACCUGCCUUUCUUCCACUGUUUGCUCUGAGCUUCAGGCAGGUCUUUUAUCUGGGACAGCCUGAAAAGGACAUUAUGAGUAUCCCCCAUUUAGUAUCUCUUAAAUU